AUGCGGAACAACACCUGCUAUCUUCCAAAUGGCCUCACUUUCACCGUCACGCCAGUCUUUGGUGGGGUCACCUUCAAGUCCAAUGAUAUGGCAACCACCAAUCCUACUUUCCCACCCGGUUGGACUGUCAUUAUUUUCAGUGAGAAAGUCUCGGGCGUCUCUCCGGAACAGACGGGACAAGGAUCAGAAGGACCAGAGAAUCGACAUCCCACCGAUGACAAGAAUGACGCCGAUGACGACAACAAGACCAUCCGAUUCACAACCCCCACUUUGAAUCGUGAUUGUAUCUACAUCUCUUAUAUUGUCAAUCCGCCCUCCAGCGAGUUCAAACCAGUCACUUCUCCCACCCGCCAAAUUGCAAUGAUGCUGUGGGCUACACUAUGGUGGUACUUCCAUGAACCCAAGCCUGAUCCUCGUCUUCAAACAGCGGCCUCCAGCUCGACCCCUCAUGCUGGCCAGCCCAAGGGUGAAUGGCGCGUCAAUAUUCGACGUGAGGGAAUUUUCAAGGGCCGAAACCUCUUGCAGAAGCUCGAGCGUAUGGGCAUAGUUUCAAAUGAAGACUCGUCCGUCGGAUUUCAGCCCGUUGAAACACGCGACUCAGCUAGCUGGUCGAACAUGUUCGUGAGCCAACGGACAUUCUGGCAACUUGAUCCGCGACUCUUCUUAUUCACUCUAACUCCCCGUGGAUCCCCGCCAUCCCCUUCUUUGACACCUUUCCAAUCACGACCGGCUUCUCCACUGCGGGAUUCCCUGACCCCAACCUCAUUGCCCCCCGCUGAAGCCGCGUUCGGUACAGGCAAUGCGGAGGUUUUCACUUCAGUUGGUCCUUAUACAUCAGCUAGUCACUUGCCAACUUAUUACCCACCGGCACCAACUCAAUAUACGUUCACCAACGGGGUGCGCCAUCCUAUCCGUCCUAAGCCACCCCACCAAGGAGAGGUCUUCUAUGUUCGCCACAUCCCUAGCGUGGGACAGUAUCUCUCAUUGCGCAUUCCUUUCCUUCCAGCCACCAAGCCGACUCCAAGUGACAGUCGGCCGACAACUCCAACGAGACCAGUCAGUGCUCAGGUCACCAGCGUGAAACAACACCUCUCCCAGAAUUUGUCAUCGGAUCUCGACACCCUGCACCGAUGGAUGAACGACCCCCGCGUGGAGGCCAUGUGGCAGGUUGGCGGACCAAAGCCUGUCCAAGAAAAAUUCAUCCUAGACAAUCUGUCCAGCCGCCACAGCUUCCCUGUCAUUGGAUGCUGGGACGGAAAGCCUUUCGGGUACUUUGAAAUUUACUGGGUCAAGGAAGAUCCUCUUGGUCGACUUCUGGAUCGAGUUGAUAACUACGACCGGGGCAUUCAUGUUCUGGUUGGCGAACAGGAAUUCCGUGGCGGCCACCGCGUCAUCCUCUGGCUCACUGCUUUGGUACACCAUUGCUUCUUGGCUGAUAUGCGCACUGAGGCGGUUGUUCUUGAACCGCGCGUUGAUAAUCUCAAACUCAUCAAUUAUCUACAACAAGUCGGAUUCUACAAAGAGGGGGAAGUUAGUUUCCCGCACAAGCAAUCUGCUGUGAUGAAGAUCAAGCGCGAAUACUGGGAUGCGCCCGCCAUUUGA